UUGGUCACAGCUUACAACUAUUAUUCAUUUUUACAAAGUAUUCUUGUAGUGGACUGGGAUGUACAUCACGGCCAAGGGACACAGUAUGCAUUCUAUGAAGACGCAAGGCACUGUCCGAUCUUUCGAUCUACUCAUAUGAGUAUGCGCAUGCUUGCUCUUUGGAGCUGCGUAUUUGUUCUACGCGUACUAUAUUUCUCCAUUCACCGCUACGACGAAUGUGAAUUUUGGCCUAAUCUACGCGAAGCGAAUUACGAUUUCAUUGGCGCAGGCUCUGGGAGAGGCUACAAUAUCAAUGUUCCUCUCAAUGAGGUACGUUUUUCAACUAUAUUGAGCAUAUACUAUAAACUAGAUCACCCUUAUAUUCGUGUCCUUGUAACUAUAAUUAAAAGGUAA